AAGGGUUCCUUCUUAUCUCCCCAAAAGGUCCAAAACCUCCGGAAAAAGAAAGAAGAAGGAGGGGGCCAAAAAAAAAAAAAAAAAAAAAAAAAGGAGGGGGCCAAAAAAAAAAAAAAAAAAAAAAUCCCCCGAUGGCAGCUCAUCUGCUCCACUCUCUUCGCCUCUUUCCGCCAAACCCUAACAAAACCCUAAAAUUGAGAACCCAGCAAAAACCUAUCUUUAGCCCCGAUCUCUCAUCCAAAGACAUCUCCAAGCUCCAGACUCAACCAUCUCUUGUCUCUUUCAGUAGUAAGAUCCUUUCAUCUUACCGAGGGAGGCUCAGAUUGGUUUCCAACGGAAAUAUCUCUUCAAUUCCUGAAAAAACGAGAAAUUACGAGUUUUCUGAUGCUGAUACAGAAGUGGAACUGAGACUAGAUAUUGGAACGCUUGAUAUCCAGAGUACCAGUGAUAUUUUUGUGGAUGCAGACGAAUCUUCAUUACUUGUUAGAGUAAAGGCCUCUGAAAGACUCAUACCUCUGAUGGAAAGCUGUCGCCUUUUUGACAGGGUCAAACCUGGUGAAACUAUAUGGUACCUAGAUGAGGAUCAACUGGUCAUCAAUCUGAAAAAGUAUGACACGGAGCUGAAAUGGCCUGACCUCAUGGAAUCUUGGGAAUCCCUUAAAUCAGGAAUGAUGCAACUUUUAAAGGGAACAUCAAUUUAUGUUAUUGGAGAUUCCACAGAAAUGAAUCAAGAAGUCGCUAGAGAACUUGCUAUUGGUCUCGGGUACACCCCGUUUAGUACGAGUGAAUUGCUAGAAAGCUAUACUCAGCAGUCCAUAAAUUCAUGGGUGAUUUCUGAAGGAGCAGAUUCUGUUGCAGAAGCAGAAAGUUCCUUACUGGAGGGUCUCAGCAGCCAUGUUCGUACAGUUGUAGCUACGCUAGGAGGACCACAUGGAGCUGCAACAAGACAUGAUAAGUGGCGGCAUCUCCAUGCUGGAUUUUCGGUGUGGCUGUCCAACUCUCAAGCUGCAGAUGAAGCUUCUGCAAAGGAGGAGGCUCAAAGGCAUAUGAAACAAGGAAAUAUAGCAUACAGCAAAGCCGAUGUGGUUGUAAAAUUUAGUGGAUGGGACAAAGAACAUACUACACUUGUUGCUCAGGCUUGUCUAAGUGCACUCAAACAACUAAUAUUGUCAGAUAAGCAGCUUACUGGUAAAAAAAGCCUUUACAUAAGGUUAGGAUGCCGCGGAGAUUGGCCUAAUAUUAAACCUCCUGGCUGGGACCCAUCAAGCGAAGAGGCUAAAGUUUAAUGCUUUACUAGGAACGAGAUUUCACAUUUUUUGAUUGGAAGAUUAUAUUAGAUAAUAUUUGUCAAUGUGAUGAUUUUUAUUCUCGAUGUGCAUGACAAUUUAUUUGCGUUAUGGAAUCUGAAAAUUAUUUAUAAAAGCUGGGAACUUGGUUGUUCAA